AAACGAGACCGUGAGUAUUGGCUGCCAGAGCAGAAGGCGCGUUUCCUCGGAUGACUGCGCCUUUGGGCAGAGAAACAUUGCAACAAACCAUGCAACGAAGAAACUCACUCUCGGGAACAAAUUCUUCAAACACAUCGAGACAACAUUGCAAAUUUAAAAGAUGUCAGGUGAGACAUCUGCUGCUCCUCCAGAAGAAAUCCAGAUAGAUGAUGAAGUGGAAGAGAUUGAAGAUGACGAAGAAGAAGAAGAGGUAGAGGAGGAAGAUGAUGAUGUGGAAGAGGAAGAAGAGGAAGAAGAAAUUGAGGCUGUAACGCAUGGGAGAAGUACUGGUCGAGGCUUAACCUUAAAAACCCUAUUGAAAGAAGGGGUGCUCCAACCAGGAGAGGGUACGAUGACCAUCAACUAUCUGGGAAAUAAGUUCAAGGGUGAUCUGCUAUCUGAUGGGAGAAUUCGAUCUCAAGAAACUAACAAGAUUUUCGGUACUCCAAGUGCUUGGGCCAUAUACUGUAAGAAAAUUGUUAAUCCAGACAAGAAAUCAGGUUGUGGAUGGGCUUCAGUUCGAUAUAGAGGAAAAAAGUUGGACUCCUACAAGAAUAACUGGUACCGACAAAAAAGGCUUGAAUUUGAACGAGAAGGGGAAGCGUUGGGUGAGAAAUUUGAUGAAGAAGAGAUGACAGACAGUGACAGUGAUGGACCUCAUGAGCAGGAGAUAGUGGAGUUUGAACUGAUUGGUAAUCGACAUCCCAAUCAUGAUAUGAACACCAUGGUUGAGCUGUCAAGCUUCCAGUCCUUGGGGAGAAUGCAACCAUUUAACGUUACCAUGUCAUCAUCUGCCAUGGCUGUUGUAGAUGUUCAUGCCCAUCUUUCUACAUCGGAAGUAGUUGGCUAUCUAGCCGGGCAGUGGGAUGUUACUAAUCACAAUUUGAUAGUGUCUCAUGCCUUACCGGUAAGAUGUCGCCUUGGUGAUGGUGAGAAGGGUAGCACUGUGGAAAAGGCUCUUUAUGAUGAAAUGGAAAAGCUUAAUCUCUCUUUGGUUGGAUGGUAUCAUACUCAUCCAUUUUCUCCACCACUGCCAACCUUGCGAGAUAUUGACUCUCAGUUAGAAUAUGAGAUGAAGAUGAAAGGCAGUAAUGAUGCUAGUUACACACCUUGCAUUGGCCUUAUUGUUUCUCCUUAUGUUAGAGGGGGAGGACAAGGUGCUACAACAAGUGGAUUUUGGGUGAUGCCGCCCCCUGAACACAAGCCACAAGAAUAUGGUCGACCAAUGAGCAUUCAAUUUACCAUUGUUCAAGAUGCUUUUAUUCCAAAGGAUGCACUGGUACAUGUGCAUAAAUGUGUGCGGUACUACAAGGAUUCCCCUGACAGUGUGAUUUUCACCGAUAUAUUCCAAGAUCGAUAUACAUAUUGGGAUAAACUGAAGACUGCUAUUAAGAUGUGUGUUCCAAAAGACCACUAUGGACCAUUAAUAGAAUAUCUAGCCAAGCUUUUGGAGUUGAAGAACUUUGUGAAUGAAGCUAACAUACCCCCACUGUCCCUUCCACCACCUUCAAAGCCGAAAACACCAUUAUCUAACGUGAAACCACCAGACUCUCCAGAAGUUGUUCCACUUGACGAUGAUGUGUCUAGCACUUCAGCACCAGCAGCUGCAGAAAUGCUCUCAGAAGCAGUGAACGAAGAACGUAUUCAAACUAUAUCACCUCCAAAUAGUGUAUGUACUGUAGACUCAGCUUCUGAACCACCAGGAAGAGGUGGGGAUACAAGCCCUCCUACAGUUCAGCAGAUGGAUGUAACCUAUAAUCAAGAACAUGAAAAGUCCCCUAGGGGAGAAUCUCCACAAAAUACUACUCCAGAGCCAGAACCAAAGCCAGAAUUUCAGCCAAUCACCUACCGUGAGCAAAGCCCGCCUCCUUACCAACCACCACCAUAUCAGUCACAGUUCCAUCCACCACCAUAUCAGCCUCCACAGGAUGAUACAGCAUAUCAGGAACAGAACCAUAAACUAACUCAGCAAAAUGAUUAUUAUGCUGAUGAUUACAGAACAAAAUCACAGGAAAAACUAUCAGAUUAUGAUCAAGAUGAAAUUUCUGAGGAACCUCUUGAAUACACUGAACCUCCACCAGAUUACCACCAGCAACAUUUCACCAUUAGUUCUUCAACAUUUGAGCCAUCAAGCUCAGAGCCAUAUGUGCAAGAAGAUCCAAAGUCUUCAGUUUUAUCAGAGGAAAGUACUGGUGGCAAUAUAGAGCCAGAGGAUGAACCAGAAGUAGUCUCAGAAUAUCCUGAAAGCAUUCCUAAUGACCGAUGGACACAAAGACUGAGUGAAACUAUGCAACAGUCAUCCCAUCAGUCUCAUUCCUUACAUCAGCAGUCUUCUCAUCAGUUAUCACAUCAGUUACAUCAGCAGUCUCAGCCUCAUCAGCAAUCACAGUCUCUUCAGUUACAUCAGCAGCAACAGUCUCAUCCAAUGCAUCAGCAGCAACCAUCUCAGCAGCGUCAUCAGCAGUUGCAGUCCCAGGACCUAUUGCAACAACAGUCCCAAGAUUUGCAUACACCUUCUCACUCUCAACAUAUGCAUCAACAGCCUCAGUCACAACCGCAAUCAUUGCAUCAACAGUCACAGUCCAUCCAACAUCAUCAGCAGACGCAGCCCUUACAGUUGCAUCAGCAGUCACAAUCUUUACAACUGCAGCCUCAACCUUUACAGUUGUUACAAAAUUCACAAAUACAUCAACCAUCAUCACAAUCCCAACAGUUACAUCAGCUUCAUCAAGAUGACUUACAAGCAAUGGAUAUAGAUGCACAGAUUUCUCAGUCACAGAACAUUUAAAAAAAUUAAUUUUCCUGGAGUCACAAGUUAUUAACACUUUCAUGACAAACUUUUUUUAGUUUUAGACUCCUUGAAGGUAGAGUAUUGUACACUAUUCUGAAUUUAAAAAUCAUAUGUAUUUAAAAAUUUUGAAGAUAAAUGUAGAGCAGGAUAACUGAAUUUUUUCUUGAAACAAAAGUGAUUUUUUAGCACAAAACUAUGAUUUAAAGUACUCCUAUUCAUGAGUCUAUAAUCCCAGACAUUCCAUUCCCCCAUUUAAAGAUUAUAUGCUGGCUGCCUGGCAGUACCACACACAUGCCUCUGGACUUUGCAUUCUACUUCAUUAGGAAUAUCACCUCUUUAGUUUAAAUUAUGGCUGCAAAGAAAUGAGCAGGGGUUGUCUUGAAAAAUUAGUUUUGUUUAAAAAAAAUUUAGGUGUUAGAUUGACAAAGCUAUCAUUUGCAUCUCUAAUCACAAUUUAGGGGAAGGAUUGAGCUGCUGUAGAUGCAGUGAAACUAACUACUUUGUACAUGAGGUUCAAUAGCUUUUGGGCUUGAAUUUAGGAAGGAACCCAGUGCUUUAAUAAAGUCAAAAGCUUGAGCAUGCAAUAAAACAAGGAUUCUGUAUUUGUAAGACAUUUAGAUACAGAAACUAAUGUGCAGUAGACCAUAUUAACCAAACAAAACAGUUGCUUACCAUCACAGUUCCUGGCUCAGUGUAUAUUGUGAAAGAGUGCAUGAUUAAAUAGAGGGACAAAGGUAUAACCUGAAAGUGAAGUUUGUCAUCAGUGGUACAUUUGUCAAAGAAUUUUUCAAAACAGAAAUACUUGUGACCUGCACGAAGGGAAAGUUGGAAAAGAGAAUUCUUGAAAGAUGGCGUCUGUUGGCGAAACAACCUGAUGGCCGUUACUGGACAAAGAAGACAAUCUUCAUUGGAAGAGGAAAGCAUUCCAGGAAUAGCAGCAAGUCCAUGAACAAGCUACAUUUUGCCAAAAGGCUGAGUCUUGGUAAUGAACUUUCGGGGAAAAUGAGAGCCAAGAAGACUACUUAAGAGAUGGAAUGAGAAAGUCUUUCCCAAAAGGGUAUGAAGCUGGAGUGAGAAACUUUUCCCAACAGGGUAUGAAGCUCUCAAGGCUAGGAGAAAUGCAUGUUUUUUGGGUCUUCGUACAUUUGCCUUUUGGGUCGGAUUCACCAAGUAUCAAACCAUUUCCACUUUCCAGUGAAAGGUAAUUGGUAGUGGUUAUGCAAGAGGUGGUAAUGACUGGUGCUAUAACAUUUUAGAAGUCGGUCCCUCUGGGACUGGGCUGGUUAACCUCCAUGCGUGACCUUAAUUCUUAAACUUCACAAGGACCUGUCUCAGAAGCCCAGACAUGGCAAAGGUCUAGACAUCUAGGCCAUUCGAGACCUGAAGCAUGACAUCCACUGUUAAAGAAGCUGUGUUUGACUAAUGAGAGCAGUACAGUGGUAUGGCAUCCAGUGAAAUAAACAGAUGCAGCAAGGGCAUUUAUAUCUGCUAGAAGGCCUUGCAGAUAAAAUCUGCAUAAUGAUGCAGAAUAAAAGCACCAAAACACCAUUUGUGGUCAAUUACUGAUCAAUUUCUGUUACAUUAAAAUGUACAAAAAGCUAUAAAAUCUGUAGACACAAGCUGUAGAGAGAUCUUUUGUGAGAAAGGGAAGAAAAAACAAAAAACAAAGUAAUGGGAAAGGAGAAAGGUUUGCUUAAAUUGGCUUAGUCUAAGAAAAAGCUUUAUAAUCUCAAGUGUAUGUGUGGUACUGCCAGUGAGCAAGUGGAGUCUUCUCCCUCAUAAUUAAGAAUAGAGUUUGUAGAAAUAGUUAAGACCCACAAACUUGGGCUAGUGUACGUUAAUUGAUAGGUUGGUAAGUUAAACACAAUUUUUUAGCAAAAUAUUUUUGUAAUGUAAAGUUUUUUAAACUUUGAGUAUUUGUAUUUCUGCGGGCCUUUGAAUUUUAUAUUGAUAUAAUGCUAAUUUAAAGGAAUUUCUCUUCUAUAUACCUAAGCUCUAAGACCUGUAUAAAAUUUGCCUAUUGGAUUCUCAACAUAUAAUAUAAGAACAUCUUUUUCCAUGUAAUGCAUUUAUUUAUUGAUGUAAUGCUCUUUUUGUUGCAUUAUAACACGGUAUAAUAUUGUUACAUUCAGCUCAACAACAAUCGAUUGUCCUGCAUGAAGAUUCAAUGUACAUGUGCAUUGCCCCAUUCCAGUAUUUUCCAACAUUUACUUCGCCUAAAUAUUAAUUGGCUUUCACCAUGCCCCUUUUUAAAUUGUAUUUAACUUAAUUGUCACAGGCUUACACCAUGCCCCUUUUUAAAUUGUGUUUGAAAUUAUUUUCUAGAUGCUUUACCGGAAAGCAGAAUUGUAGUACACUACCUUCUGCCAGAACAAGGACAUCAAAAUUAUUGCAAUUUUUGAUUAAUUAGAUAGGUUUUAUGACGAUUGUUGUACCAAACCUUGUGUCAAUUAUUUCAGCUUCUGAGAUUAACAUUUUUGUGGAUUUAUUUGGAAAGACUAACAUUAGUGAAUUGUGUCUUUUAAGGGUAGGAAUUUUCAUAUACUAUACAGUAUUGUAUUGGCAGAUGUAGAAUAUAGUUAUAAAUAGUUUCAUAAUGUGGGUCAAUGUAUCCAAGGACGGUAAUAUGUAAGCAAUAUUUUUUAUUGCAUUUGCAGACCUAUAAAAUUUAAGUGAAAUAUAUGUUGAAAACAGGAAGUUUA